AUGGACUUCAAAAUGAGCUACAUGGCUGAGGAAUGGAGCCUCAAGAUGCCCAAGGGACUGGACUUGGAAGUUUCCCAUCAUCCAGUGACAAUGAAGAGUGUGGUCAACCUCAUCAUUGCCAUGGAGAGGUUAAAGACCAGCAAUUCAGAGCCAGUGCUGAGCACAGACUUCCAGGAUGAAAACCUGCUUUCCAUCAUGCUGGAGAGCAUUGUGGAAGAGCAUAGUGUGAUCGAGAGGAAAGGUGCACCACCUCAGUUCACCAGCAGGGAUGAGAUUGAGUGCACUGUGACUGACAGCCAAAAGAGGAGCUUGGUUCUGGUCGAAAGCAGCAUGGAGCUCCAUGCAGUGAUGCUGCAAGGAGGCAGUGAUGACCGCAAAGUGCACCUGAACAUGUCGACCUACGCGCACCCUACACCCAUCGCUGAGACCAGGCCUGUCGCUCUGGGCAUCAAAGGCACAAACCUCUAUCUGUCUUGUCACGAGGAUGACGACAAGCCAACCCUCCACCUGGAGGAGGUGACGGAUAAAAACAGUCUGUCAAGGAUAAGCGCUGAAAGCGACAUGGUGCGAUUUCUCUUCUAUAAACGCGACACUGGGCUCAGCAUCAGCUCUCUCAUGUCUGUCCGCUGCCCCAACUGGUACAUCAGCACAGCGCAGGACGACGACCAGGUGGUGGAAGUGUGUCAGGAGACCGCCCCACGCUACAGAAGCUUCAACAUCCAGCGCCAGAGUUAAAACCCAUUAAGGAUUCCCAAGAUGAAUUUUGGAGCUCUAUUUGCACUCCAGUUUGACCUUCUUACAGUAUGUGCUAAGUACAUAAAUUGGAAUGAUUAAUGAUGUAAAGUUACAUCACAAGGUAGCAUCAUUGUGCUCUCUG